AAAUAAACUUAUGCAGUGAAGGCGUCAGAAGCAGCAGUAGCAGAUCUGUCGGCCUAGAGAAGAGUGAUGUGAGAAGAUGCAUGGGCAGGUUGACAUCUUCCUGCUCAGCUACAUGGUGGCUGCUGCUCUUCCCACCUUCCUGGCUUUUAACAUCAAUUUGAAAGACCCUGAAGUCUAUGCUGGUGAACAAAAGGAUUUCUUUGGGUACAAAGUGCUUCAGUUCAAGUCUGGCACAGACAAAGGGUUCAUUGUUAGUGCACCUCUGAAGCGCAAUGGAACUGGAGGAAUAUGCAAACCUGAUCUGUCGCGGUGCUUCAGCCCUCCAGAAUUCCCUCUGACAAAUGGAACGGUACCGGUCAAGCAUUUCGGGCUGUCGAUAGCUGAGGAUCCAACAAGCUCCAGUUUCACAGUUUGCAGUCCAAGUAUCGCUCAUGAAUGUGAUGAGAACACCUACCUGAACAGUGUAUGUUACCAGAUGACGGAUCAACUUCAGGCAGUCUCCUCCUUCAAACCUCUUUUUCAAAAGUGCACCGAGAAGGUAGUGGACCUCGUCUUUCUUUUUGAUGGAUCUGCAAGCAUGAAUGAAAAAGAGUUCAACAAAAAUAAAGACUUCAUAGUGGAUAUAAUGAAAUCCCUUACAAGCACAUCAAUCAAGUUUGCAGCUGUUCAGUUCUCCACGACGUACAGGAAAGUCUUUGACUUCAAUGACUAUGCAGCUGGCACUGCUCUGGACAAGCUUAGAAAAGAAGAACACCUGAAGUCUCUCACCAACACACACAGAGCCCUCAAAUAUGUGUUGGAGGAUUUUUUUGAAAACCCAGCCUCAGGUGCCUCUACUGAUGCAACUCAAGUUGUGGUACUGAUCACAGAUGGCGAUCCCAGCGACGCUGACAGUUAUAAUAUCAUCAAAAGAUACGAUGACAAAAACAUCAUUAGAUUUGUCAUUGGGGUCAAAGAGGCCGAACUGGAUAAAUUCAGGGCCAUCGCUUCAGAACCAAAAGACAAAAAUGCCUUCAAAAUCGAGAACUAUGACGGACUUACAGGAAUACUAGAAAACUUCCAAAAAAAAGUUUUUAAGUUAGAAGGCUCCAAAGUGGCUCGGGCUGGAGACCUGAUUAAUGAAAUGUCACAGGCUGGAUUCAGUGCCGUCUUCCACCAGGACAGGCUGAUUCUUGGAUCAGUGGGAACAAAGGGCUGGAGAGGUUCAAUUCAGGAGCUUCAUGGACAAACUACAACCCAUAUAGAAGACUCACAGAUGAAGAUGGACUCCUAUAUGGGAUACUCUGUCUCAGUUGGAGAGAAGAAUAAAGUCUCUCUUUUCUUCACCGGUGCACCAAGAUUUCUGCACAAAGGACAGGUGGUACUUUUCAAACACAAUGGGGGAAAGUGGACAGCAGCACAAAGAAUAAAUGGAGAAAAGUUCGGCUCCUACUUUGGUGCAGAGCUGUGCUCAGUGGAUGUCAACUCAGAUGGUGAUACUGAUUUCCUCUUGGUGGGAGCGCCGCAGUUUUACCAGCCCUCAGAGAAGAAAGAAGGACAGAUCUACGUCUACACCCUGACCGAUGAGAAGCAAUUGAUAAAGGAGCAAGAUGUGACUGCUCCUUCUAUGGGGAGAUUUGGCACCACCAUAUCCAGCCUUGCAGACCUGAAUGGAGACGGACUGAGGGACGUUGCUGUUGGAGCUCCCAUGGAGGAUGAAAACAGGGGGGUCAUGUACAUCUACCUCGGUGACCGACACAGAGGGAUGCGCAGCACUUUCAGCCAGAGAAUCAUGGGGCAGAAAAUAAACUCUGAGCUGAGAUUCUUUGGACAGGCCAUCGAUGGGGACAUCGACCUUGGAAAGGAUGGACUCCCAGAUAUCGUAGUUGGAUCCCAGGGCAAGGCUGUUGUUUUAAGCUCCAGACCUGUCUUUAACAUCAUGGCACGUCUGUCUUUUCAACCUAAGGAGAUCAGCACUGACAAAUUUGACUGCUUGGGCAACAAAGAUGAAAUUUUGUCGAUGAUAACCUUACAAGCAUGCUUUAAAAAGGUGGAAACAACAAAGAGCAAAGCAGCGGAAAUAAACUCCAGACUGAACAUCUCAUACGCGCUGGAUGUGGAUCCAACAAGACAAACAUCUCGAGGGUUCUUCAGUCCACGCGACAAGAAAGCCAGGAACUAUACCCAUACCUACGAGCUGGGGGAUGAAAACACCUGCUUCAACUACUCCAUCUACAUGACAAAAUGUGUGAUAGACACGUUGUCACCCAUCGUUGUCAAAUUACAUUUUUCCCAAGACAACAGUGAGAAUGCAAGUGCCAUCCUAAAUGUGGACAGCAAAAGGCAAGCUGUGGUGGAGAUUCCCUUUGAGAAGCAAUGUAGGGGAAACGACACCUGUAUUGCUGAACUUGAGGUGGAUUUCAACUUCAUGACCCCAACACUGUUAGUGACAGAAAAUAGCUACUUCAAUGUCACAAUCAAGCUGUCCAAUCAGGGGGAUGACUCGUACAACACCAGCCUUACGAUGUACUACCCACCAGGCCUCUCCUUCUCCAUGAUGACUCUGACUAAGUCGACGAGACCGACCCUUCACACAUGUCAUGAUCUAGAUGCAAUUGACAAAACAAUCUGCGGUGUCAGUCGCCCUGUGUACCGCAGCCAAUCAGCGGCGACAUUUCAUUCAACUUUCCACAUCAGGACUGACUACGAGUGGAACGACACCAUUUCAGUGACUAUCACAGGAAACAGCGAUAACACAAACUCCACUGGAAACAACUCUAUGACGAAGAGCAUCCCAGUACAGUUUGAAGUUAAAAUGGCAGUGACUGUGAAAGAAGACUCAGUCACAUAUCUGAACUUCACAACAGAUGAUGCUGAACCGAAAAAACUGGUUACAAUGUACAAGAUAGAUAAUCUGGGUUUUAAGGCAUUCCCUAUCAACGUGUCACUUUUCUUUCCAACCAAACUGGAACACAAUUUUGAAAUGACAAACUCUCGAGUCUUUGUCAAACAGAACAAAACUAAAUGUGCCAGCGUUGAUGGCAUGAACAAUCAAUACUGCUCCUCAGACAAACGAUGCACAAUCAUAAAGUGUGACAGUUUCAUCCUGGAGAGCGAAUCAGCGGUGGAGUUUGAAUUGUCGGGAGACGUUCAGUUCAGGGAUCUGAAACAGCAUGCAGCCAAUAUUGACUUUCUUAAGCGAUACACUGGAGAAGUAGCAGAGGUUAGAUUUAAAAGUGUUUUAAGUGUCGACUAUGACAAGCAACGCUAUGUGCUGAAUCCUUUAAAACAACUGGAGAAACCUGAUCAAAGUGGUCUGUGGAAAGAGAAAGAUCCAACAGUAAAAGAGACUGAAGUACGCAUUGAGCUCAUAAUCCCUUCCAGUCAACUCCAGAUCAUAUUAACUGGAGCUGGACUCGGUCUUCUACUUCUGAUCAUAAUCACCAUCAUCAUGUUUAAGUUGGGUUGCUUUAAGAGGAAAACUUUGGAGGAUUAUCAGGCAGAAGAUGCUGCUCUCCAGGCUGCCUACUCCUUCCCCACCAACCAGGCAGUCAAUAAAUCAGAGUAUGAGGCCAAAUCUGACCAAACCCCAGAGGACAAGAAGAUGCUUGAUGAUGUAGAGAAAAACGACAGUCCUCUGCUGGCUGAAAUUGAUACAAAGGAGGAGUGUCCGAGUUAUGAAGAAUGCCUGCCAUAAUUAUUUUAGACAAAACCAGAGGAUUGACAGCAUGGAAAAGUGAACAAAAUUCAUUUAUCAGAUCUGUCUGCAGUAGGGAUGCUUCAUUACAGCAAAAAUCAUGUUUUUUGUUAAUAUGAUGAUAAUUAUACACCACUUAGUGUGUGAUUAUCAAAUAUGCUGCUCAAAAAAUAAAGGGAACACUUAGAUAACACAUCCCAGAUCUUGAUGACUUAAAUAUUCCAACUGAAAAUCUUUAUUCAUUACAUAGUGGAACGCAUUGAGAACAAAAUAACAUAAGAACAAUCAAUGGAAACCAAAAUCCUUAAUCCAUGGAGGGCUGGAUUCAGAAUCAUACUCAAAAUAAACGUGGAAAAGUCAGAUCACAGGCUGAUCCAUUUUCUGUGAAAUUCCUCAAAAUGAGGCUCAGUAGCGUGUAUGGCCUCAACGUGCCUGUAUGCACUCCCUGCAACAUCUGGGUAUGCUUCUGAUGAGAUGACAGAUGGUCUCCUGUGGGCUCUCCUUCCAGACCUGGAUCAGGGCAUCUGUCAGCUCCUGGGCAGUCUGUGGUGCAGUGUGGUGGAGGUGGAUGGAACAAGACAUGAUGUCCCAGAGGUGCUCAGUUAGAUUCAGGUCUGGGAAACAGGCAGGCCAGUCUGUAGCAUCAAUGCCUUCGUCAUGCAGGAACUGCUUACACAUUCCAGCCACAAAAGGCUGAGCGUUGCAUCAGAAGGAACCCAGUCCCCACACAAUGGGUCUGAGGACCUCAUCCCAGUACCUUACGGCAGUCAAGGUACCUCUGGCUAGUACAUGGAGGUCUGUGCAGCCCUCCAAGGAUAUGCUUCCCCAGACCAUCACUGACUCACCGCCAAACCAGUCAUGCUGGAGGAUGCUGCAACCAAUAGAACAUUCUCCACGGCAUCUACAGACUCUCUCAUGUCUGUCACAUGUGCUCAGUCUGACCCUGCUCUCAUCUCUGAAGAGCAUAGGGCACCAAUGGUAAAUCUGCCAACUCAGGUGUUCUCUGGCAGAUGCCAAUCAGGCUGCAUGGUGCUGGGCUGUGAGCACAGGCUCCACGUGUGGAUGUUGGGCCCUCGUACCACCCUCAUGGAGUCUGUUUCUGACAGUUUGAGCAGAAACAUGAACAUUAGUGGCCUGCUGGACAUCAUUUUGUAGGUUUCUUCCUCCUGUUCAUCCAGCGCAAAAGAGUUGAGUGGUCCUGCUGCUGGGUUGUUGCCCUCCUACACCCCCCUCCACAUCUCCUGGUGUACUGGCCUGUCUCCUGGUAUCUCAUCCACACUCUUGACAGUGUGCUGGGAGACACAGCUAACCUUCUUGUGCACACGGAUAAGCCAUCCUGGAAUAGCUGCACUACCUGAGCAACUUCAAAGGGUUGCAGAUAUCACCUCAUGCUACCACUAGUGGUGAGAGCUCUGAAAAAAUGCCAAAGUAACCAAAAAUCAGCCAGAGAGGAUGAGGAGAGGGAAAUGUUCUGUGGCCACCACCUGCAAAACCAUUCCUUUAUAGGGGUUGUCUUGCUAAUUGCCUCUCCUUUCCACCUGUUGUCUGGUUCAUUUGCACAACAGUAGGUGAAAUUGAUUCACAAUCAGUGUUGCUUUUCAACUGGACAUGCAGAUAUCCCGGAAGUGUGAUUGACUUGGAGUUACACUGUGAUGAUUAUGUGUUCCCUUUAUUUUUUUUUUAGCAGUGUAGAUUAAUGAUAACUAGAAAGUAGAAAAAAAAACAAGUAGCAUGAUGUGUAUUAACUGUAUAUCUCGUCCUCAUCUUAACAGUUGGUAUUACAGACAGAGCUAAACACCUUCCAUCGACCACAUCUUACCUGUGUGAUAUACUGUAUGACAGGGGUGUCCAAACUAAAUGUGGGCAAAUGUGGCCUGCAGCCCAUUUUUAAUUGGUCCCCCAAAAAUUCUUUGAAUUAAAUGUGGUCCUCAACAGAGCAUGAAGCUUGAGCUGGACUGCAUUAUUCUCCUUAGUUUCAGCACAAGGCAGAGCUACCAUACUAGCACUGUAAACAAACAUUCUGACAAGUUUUUAUGCUUUUUUUUAAGGAUUAAAUUGGACAAAGCUAUAAGUAGUAAGCAUUGGCAGCCAAAAUAAUAAAGAUAUCUUGAUUUAUAACACACUAAUUGAUUACAGCUGCAAAUAGCAUUACUAAUGAUGUUUCGGGGGGGGGGGGGACCAGUAGUAGCCAGAGCCAACCAGGGCCUCCUGAAAUCUGAUUGGCCCCCCAAAAUCCUGUCAGCCAUCACAUAGUCAUUUAAGCACACCCAAUCCCUGAGUGUAUUUUAACCUACAUAAGAUUGGUUUUACUUACUUUAAUAUCAAGCUAAGGUGUAUGAAAGUGGCCUCACCAUCCUUAUGUAUUUCUGUAUGUGGCCCCCAACUGAAAAAGUUUGGACACCCCGGCUGUAUGACUAUGUGUUGAUGGCUAUGAUGGAGAGUGGGGGCGGGGGAGCUUUAAAGUAUUUUCAUUGGCCAAAGAAGUGCCCAGCAGAAUUAGCUUGGGAACCACUGGUGUAAGAGUAAAGGCCGCUGGUGUCUAAGAAAAUAAUUUUUAGAGUAAGUUUGGUGAGUGUAUAAAAUAUUGUAUAAAUGUGUACAGUGUACAAAGAUUUAUAUACACAGAGCAGCUUUUUUUAAAGCUUACUGAGUGGUUGCAGGACUCACCAUUUUUACAACUUCCAUUGUUUUCUUCUAUUCAGGAGAUUUUAGUAAGAAGGGAAUCAAUAUCAUACAUUUAAAAUAGUCUCAGAAAAUCAAUGCUUAAAUCAGCUUAUAGGGAGGGAACUUGGUUUAAUGAUUUAUGGAGGGUGUUGGGAUUAAAUAAGUCUCCAUUUCUUCCCUCUCCUUUUUAAAUGUGUAAACUGAAUAUUCAAGUGUUCAUUUUUAUGCUUAUCAUUGUUAUUAUUAUAUUAUGUUUUAUGUCUGUUUUAUGAUCAUUUCAAUUUUGUUUCUCUAUUACAUGUUUGAAAUAAAUUUCAGUUCAAUGCAUUUUGAAGAGCGCUGGAGAGGAAUGGGUAUUACUCUGAAAAAUAAGUUGAGGGUGCAAGAUGUGAAUUGAUAAAGCUCUGUGAUGUCGAUGAUGGUGCUCUAUAUUAUCCAUGAGGGCGUCGGUUUAAUUUUUCUUUCUUCUAUAUGUUUAGAACCUGACAUUGACUUCUCAAAUAUGAGCUCAAAGCUGAUGCUUGUACCCUUAAAUAGCUUUUAAAUGUUCAUAGAAAAAAAUAGAUUUUUGCAGUCACAGUAUUUGAAACUGCUAUUGUGUUGAUAAAGUACACUUGUGUCAUUCUUUAGGUUGUAUCUUCUGUAACACAAAUGGAUUAAAAUGAAAUCUUA